ACUGGGGCUGGAAAGCAAAAGCCACUGGACUCUGUAAACCCACUAGGCACAGCAGAGGCAGAAGGGGUGAUGAGCUCAAGGAGAGUGGUGGUGGGUGCGCCCACCGGUGCCAGCUCCAGCAUGUCCCUGCAGAGGCGCAGGGCAUCCUUCAAGGGAAUACAGUCACCGUCUUCCCUGGAUAGCCCCCCGGGCUCCAGGACCAAUGCCAUGGGUGGGCUUGUCCGAGCACCCAGGGUCUAUGUAGGAAUGGCGCCCAGUGGGUACCCAGGUGGACUGGGUGCCCGCGUGACCCGCCGAGCCCUGGGCAUCAGCAGUUUCUUCCUGCAGGGGCUGCAGAGCUCCAGCCUGGCCACAGCGCCUGCUCCAGUCCCGGAGAGGGACCCCAGUGCCAUUGAAGACCUGGGGGGCUGCCUGGUGGAAUACAUGGCCAAGGUGCAUGCCCUUGAGCAAGUCAGCCAGGAGCUGGAGGCACAACUGCGGACGCACCUGGAGAGCAGGGCCGAGCGCUCGGAGGGCUGGGGAGCGCUCAGGGCCUCCUGGGCCAGCAGCUGCCAGCAGGUGGGCGAGGCAGUCCUGGAAAAUGCCCGGCUCAUGCUGCAGACAGAGAAUAUCCAGGCGGACGCAGAUGACUUUAAAGAGAGAUAUGAAAAUGAGCAGCCAUUUCGAAAGGCGGCAGAAGAGGAAAUUAAUUCUCUAAAUAAAGUCAUCGAUGAAGCUAAUUUGAUAAAAAUAGAUCUGGAGAGUCAAAUAGAAAGCCUGAAAGAAGAACUUGGCUUUCUGUCAAAAAGCUAUGAAGAGGACGUGAAAGUGCUGUAUAAACAGUUGGCAGUGUCUGAGCUGGAACAAGUGGAUGUUCCCAUCGGCACUAGUCUGGACGACAUCCUUGAGACUAUCAGAAUUCACUGGGAGAGAGAUGUCGCAAAGAACCGGGUGGAAACAGGAGCUUUGCUCCAAGUCAAGCAACAGGCAGAGGUGGCCCACAUUGCCCAGACCCAGGAAGAGAAGCUGGUCGCAGCCCUCAGGAUGGAGUUACACAAUACUUCGGGCCAAGUCCAGAGCCUCCAGGCUGAGACGGAAUCCUUGCGGGCUCUGAAACGAGGCCUGGAGCAUACCUUGCAGGACGCCACGCACUGGCAUGACCUGGAGCUGCAGAACCUGGGCACGGUGGUCCGCAGGCUGGAGGCGGAGCUCAGGGAGAUGCGAGGGGAGGCCGAGCAGCAGCUGCAAGCGCGGGAGCAUCUGCUGGCGCUCAAGUGCCAGCUGCAGAGGGACGUGGCGUCCUAUCAUGCCCUGCUGGACAGGGAGGAGAGCAGCUGAUGGAGAAAUGUCCUCUUAUCAUGAAGAAAAUGCUGUCUUCCUCACCGAGUGACCAAUGAAGUUCCUUGAGGAGUUUCCCCCUAACCCCCAUUCACCCCCACCCACCCUAAGCUGGAUUCCCUGGUUGAUUCAGCUGGAGCUGAAAAGCUUCCUGGAAGUGGAGAGGGUCCUUCUGCCUUAAAUUUAAGUAGCCUGUAGCUUGAGCAACCUCCCUUGUCUCUCUCCAAAUAAAUGCUUUGUGUGCAGCUUCCA